AUGACUCCCAAGUCCUACUCCGGAAUGGCCAAUGUGCGUGAGAAUGGCGACUUUACCGACUUUGCCAUUCUAUGCGAAGAGGAAAGAAUUAACGUCCACCGAGUCAUCAUCAGUGGCAAAUCUUCUGUUUUCUACAGGGCAUGUACGUCAAGAUUCAGUGAGGCAACAUCUCGAACCUACACGAUUGACGAUUACCCCCUAGCCGUUGUCAGUCGCAUGGUGGAAUACAUGUAUACCGACGAUUAUUCUGACCCCGAUGAAGAGAGCACGACCGAAGACGAUACUGACGGUGGCAACGAGCUUCCGGUGCUUUUCCUGCAUACAGCCAUGGCCGCCUUGGCAGACAAGUACGACAUCCAAGGCCUAAUAUCCUUGGCGACGGAAAAGUACACCAAGUGCCUCGCAAAUGACCGUGAUUUUGCAAAGUUCCUUGACUCAAUCCCCAACAUCUACCGCAUGCCCACAGAAGCGUCUCAGUCGCUCCGACAGGCCGCAGUGGAAUUUGCAAGGGCAGAGAUUCGGACGGCCAUGAACCAUGGAGAUAGCUGGCACGCCAUCCAGGAGGUUCUGGACGAUUUUCCCGACUUUUCAAAGGAGCUUCUGUGCUCAGUCCUUCUGAACCCGCUGAUGCCCCUAGAGGGACAUUGCGGACAACGUUGUACUGGGUGGGGCGAGAGGGUGUCGGUAGAGGUCCUUCAGUGUCGCUGUCAGAAGUGUGGGAAAGGUGGGGCGAGGAUAGCAACUGAGAAACGGGGUCCUUGGGUCUGGUGA